GUGUACACAGUAGAGUCCGAGAUUUGGUAACGUGUAGCAAAAGAAAAGGUAAGAGGAAAAUGAAGAAGGUGCUGAGAGUAUACGGCGGCGUUUUGAGGCUUGUGCGGCUUUUGCCGGCGGACACGAGGCCGUACUACGCCAAGUACGCGAGGGAGAAUUUCGUUAACUACCGUGAAGUCGAUGUAAGCGAAACACCUCUUGAUGAACUCUAUCAACGAGCUUACAAUCACUCACUCUGGGUACUCAAAAAGUAUUCGAUUGACGAAUCCGCGGCGAAGAAGAUGAAGGAGAUUUGUUUUGAAUGAUAAAGCGCACCAUCUGUUCGACGUUAUUCCCCUGAGAGUUUCGAACUAGAUUUUUUUUAUUUAAAAAGGCUUGUAUGAUUUGUUGAAUGGGGGCCAUCAAGUAUUCUACUUUUGAUAUAAGUGUCAUAGCUAUAUCGAGAAACAGAGGUUGCUCAUGUGUCUUUUUCUUUCCUUUUUGUUGUCUUGACUUUCUGUGCUUGCAGACAUGUGUUGACUGCUCAAUUGGUCAUGUCUUGUUUGUUUGCUUGAUCCUGAAUAAAUUGUUAUGACUUUACAUUCUCA